AUGCAGGGGUCCUGGGAUAACGUAUAUGCAAGGUUUCAAAGAAAUUCCUAUAAUUUUAAUAAAGUUUAUAUCAACUGCUACAAAAGUGAAGAGAUAGAGAAAUGGAUAGUAAACAAAAACUCAGACAAAUCAAUUGUCAAAACAGCAGCAGCCUCGCACACAGACUUAGUCCCAGAUGUUUAUGAAGGUGGUUUAACAGUCUGGGAAUGUGGGUGUGAUCUAGCAGAAUUCAUUGCUGAUGGAGCCUUUGAAUUCAAAGAAAAAUCGGUUAUAGAGCUUGGUUGCGGAGCAGGUUUACCUGGAAUAUGUGCAAUGAAACUUGGUGCAAAACAAGUCCACUUCCAAGACUAUAAUUCAGAAGUAAUAUCAUAUUUCACCAUUCCAAACGUCUUAGACCUCAACAAAACUGACUCUUGUCAGUGUAGGUUCUUCUCUGGAGACUGGGGAGGACUUCAAAAGUAUGCAGAAAAUCAUCCGGAUUUAAAAUUUGAUUUUAUUUUAACAGCAGAAACAAUUUAUAACUUGGAUAAUUAUACCAAAUUACACAGAUUAUUUCAGCAACUGCUAAAAGAUAAUGGUAAAAUAUUGGUAGCUGCUAAGUCCAAUUACUAUGGAGUGGGAGGUGGAACAGGGCUAUUUGAGGAUUUUGUGGCGAAAGAGGGAUACUUCACUUACAAGUCUGUCAAAACUAUAGAAGCCAGUGUACCAAGAGAAAUCAUUAUGCUGGAGAAAUCUCUCUGAUGAACUCUUUGUGCAUCAUGCAUUUGAUACAUAAACUAGAGACACUGUCAAAUAGUUAAAAAAAAAAAAUUGGUAUAGGAAAUCUAUUUUCAGUAUAUUUUAUGAAGUGUUUAAUUUUUUCAGUGCAACAGUUUAUUUUCUAGUAAUUGAACCACGAAGACA